AUGACACCAACAACAGAAGACGAACUACGUGAUAAGAUCCGCUUACUAGAACUCGAAAAUGAAACGUUAAGACUGCUGAAGCGGACUUCCAACGUGUAUUCAAAAGUCGACGAGUACUUCAGCCUUGACGAGUACAAGAGAUAUGGUCGGCAAAUGAUAGUGCCGCAGUUUGGGUCAUUAGAGUCUCAAAAAAAGUUAAAGAUGUCCAAGAUUUUAGUUGUUGGUGCGGGCGGCCUAGGGUCUCCCGUAUUGGAGUACUUAUCGGCCGCUGGAGUGGGCGCAAUAGGCAUACUUGACGAUGACAUUGUCGAUAUGAGCAAUCUCCAUCGUCAAGUUAUACAUCAGACCACUACUGUGGGAACUCUUAAAUGCGAAUCAGCAAAAGCCUUCAUCAGAAAGAUCAAUCCUCAUGUGAACAUUUUUACCCAUCCCAUGAGAUUAAGCAAUGACAAUGCUUUUGAAAUAUUCAAUCAAUACGAUUUGGUUCUUGAUUGUACAGAUCACCCUGCAGUAAGGUAUCUCAUUAAUGACGUGUGUGUGCUUUUAGGGAAAACCAUCGUGAGUGGGUCUGGCCUCAAAGCGGAUGGACAAUUUACAAUAUUGAAUUUCAGAAAUAUUGGUCCUUGUUAUCGAUGUUUUUAUCCCCAGGCACCAAGCCCAAGCACAGUAACAUCUUGUGCAGAUGGUGGGGUUAUAGGUCCAGCAAUUGGAAUGGUUGGGAUUGCGAUGGCUAUGGAAACGAUAAAGGUUCUAACGGAAUAUUACAAUGAAGAGAAUUUCAAACCUUUUCUUUCGUCGUACUCAGCCUACCCCCAUCAACAAAUUAGGAAUUUCAAAAUGAGACCCAAACAGAUCAAUUGUAUAGCUUGUGGAAAGAGGAGAGAGAUAACCAAGGAGAAGAUUGAGAAUGGCGAGAUUGAUUAUGUUGCAUUUUGUGGGAAGGUUGCUUAUGAGCCCUUGGAUCAAAAGCAUAGAGUGUCUGUAAAGGACUACCAUGGCAUACUAAAUCUGGGCAAGGUUCACAAGUUGAUUGAUGUCAGACCAAAGGAACAGUACAACAUCACCAAACUUCCCAAUUCUGUAAACAUUGAAUGGGACCCCGUAUUUAGAAAGCUCGAGUCGUUAGAGGAGUAUCUACCCAUUCAAAAAUCGGAUGACAUUUAUUUGAUUUGCAGGUACGGCAAUGAUUCUCAAUUAGCCACUAAAAAGUUACACGACCUAGGUUUUCAAAAUGCGAAAAGUAUAGACGGUGGGAUUGACAAAUGGUCAGAAGUAAUUAACUCAUCGAUUCCUAAAUACUAG